AAUGCCCAAAAAGCUAAGAUGACCUACUUGAGCCGGUUUUAACUAUAUUUAGCUGGACAGACAAAAAUCAACUUAUUAUCCUCAUCGUCUCUUUCUGCACCUCUUCCUCUUUCUUUUUUUCAUCCCACUCCUAAAAUACAAUUAUACAUAUAUCCCUUUUUCUUUAUACAUAACACACAUUAUUCAGUAUAUAUUUGUUUUUGAAAACAAUUAUUUUAUAUUUAUAACAGCUUGAAUGAGCUAAAGUGACCACGCUUCUGGUUAUCUUGAUAAUAAAGAAAAUAAAUUUGCUUUAUUUUUUGUCUACACUUUUUCUUUGUAUUUUAAAGAGCUGUGAGAUUGACAGAUAGAUCCCACCGAAAUAAAUUACUAACAAAUUCACCCACACCCCAUCUUCAUAAAAACCCAUAGAAUUCACCAAUCUUUUUUGUUGUUUGAUGAUUUAUUUUUAUUUAUAAGUUCAGCUCCUCUUUUCUUUUGUUGUUCUUUCAAGAAAAGAUGCUUGGUGUUUCCUCAGGUUUAAUUACUAGUACUACUAGUACUUCAGGUGCACCACCAUCACAGCCACCGCCGCCACAAGAAGCUAAUCCAGAAAGUGGUGGAAGCAGUGAGGGUGGCGGUGGCGGAGAUGUGACAGUUGGCGGUGGUGGUUUUAAUGAAGAAAGGAAUUCAGGUGGAAACAGGUGGCCAAGACAAGAAACUUUAGCGUUACUGAGAAUUAGAUCGGAGAUGGAUGUUGUUUUUAAAGAUUCAAGUCUUAAAGGACCCUUAUGGGAAGAAGUUUCCAGGAAAUUGGCGGACCUUGGUUAUCAUAGGAGUGCCAAGAAAUGCAAAGAGAAAUUUGAGAACGUUUACAAGUAUCACAGGAGAACUAAAGAUGGUCGUGCUUCUAAAGCAGAUGGCAAAACCUAUCGGUUCUUUGAUCAGUUACAGGCUUUGGAAAACAAUCCAGCUUCUCAUUCUUUGCCGCCACCUCCAUUGGCAGCAACACCACUAACCAUGGCAAUGCCAAUGCGAUCGGGAAACACUUCAAUUAAUCCUCCUCCAGUUCCAAUCACGUCACAAAAUAAUGCUUCAUCAACACAAAACAAUCAGCCUUUUACUAUUACUCAGAAUACUGCCGUGACAGCAGCAGCGCCGGCUGUUAGUCAUCCUAUGGUCACUACGCCCGCGUUGCCACUGUCACAACCACAAUCAUCACCAGCACCAGUAGUACAGCCGAUAACUAACUUGAACCAGAUAAAUCGGCCUCAAGGUAAUACCAAUACCGCAAGUUUUCUGUCAAAUUCAACUUCAUCUUCUUCGACUUCAUCAGAUGAGGAUAUACAAAGGCGGCACACGAAGAAGCGGAAAUGGAAGGACUUCUUUGAGAGGUUGAUAAAGGAUGUGAUUGAAAAGCAGGAGGAGUUGCAGAAGAAGUUCCUGGAAACGCUUGAGAAGCGCGAGAGGGAUAGGCUGAUGAGAGAGGAGACAUGGAAAGUACAAGAGAUGGCGCGAUUGAAUCGGGAACACGAUCUUUUAGUCCAAGAAAGAUCAAUGGCGGCAGCUAAAGACGCAACAAUCAUCGCAUUCUUGCAAAAGAUAACCGAACAGCAAAACACGCCGAUCCCAACCAGUACUAAUAAUACUUCUCCAGCUCAAAUGCAAUUAAAACUGCCCGAAAAGCCACUGGGCGAGCCGCAAAAGCAAACACAACAACCACCAACACCAGCACCAACAGCUGUCGCGAUACCACUACCAAUGACAAUACAUGCCCCAGUACCAACACCGCAACCACCACAACCAUUGUCAUUACCCAUGGUGGUGAAGUCAUUUGAAGCUCCAAAAACCGAUAAUGGUGGGGAGAAUUUUUCUUCACCAAGCUCUUCAAGAUGGCCAAAAGAAGAAAUCGAAGCAUUGAUUAGUCUUCGAACACGCUUAGAUCUGAAGUACCAAGAAAAUGGACCAAAAGGACCACUAUGGGAGGAAAUUUCAGCUGGAAUGCGAAAACUCGGGUACAACAGAAAUGCCAAGAGAUGUAAAGAGAAAUGGGAGAACAUCAACAAGUACUUCAAGAAGGUUAAAGAAAGCAACAAGAAAAGACCAGAAGAUUCCAAGACUUGCCCAUAUUUCCACCAGCUUGAAGCAUUGUACAAGGAAAAAGCCAAGAACGAAGUUGUAGUACCAAAUACAGCUGGCUUCGGAUUAAGACCCGAAAACAGUAACUCCAUGGCUCCAAUCAUGGCUCAACCAGAACAACAAUGGCCACUUCCUCAGCCGCAGCUCCAACAACAGCACGUCCAAGGAACUCACAACGAUAUUAAUCAAGAUAAUGGAAGUGACAGCAUGGAUGAGGACGAUGAUGAUAUGGAAGAAGAUGACGAAGAUGGAAAUGGUUAUGAGAUAGUGACAAACAAGCAACCAUCAUCAAUGUCGGCUGCCACCACUGCUGCUGCUACUAGUGCAGUUUGAAUAAUCAUGAAAAUAAGACCAGCAAUCUCAAAUAGAGAAAUGAGGAAGCAGUGGCAUCAAAGAGUUAACAAAAAAAGAUUUGGGAAGUGACUGUGCAUUGGGAAUGGCAAAUGGGUCAACAGAUUUUGCAGAGAUUUGUCGUAUUCAAAAAUUCCUGUUGGCGAGAGAACACGGUGACUGCAGUAAAAAAAAAAAAAUACCAUUUGGAAAUGCCAAGUUACACAUGUGGAUCUUUUUUACAUAUUUCAAUUUUUUUAAAAUUACUUUUGGUUUGGUAAGGGUAUAGUGUAAGUUUUUCAUUUUGGUACAAGUUUAAUUUCACUUUCAUUAUUUAUUUAUUAUUUUGAAAAAAAUAAACUUUAUUGAGGGAUGGGAAGGGAGACAAAUAGAAUAAAUGCAGGGAUAAUGUAAUUUGUACUUUUUUUUUCCUUCUAUUUUGUUCAUGGGGGUGUACAUGUAAGAAAAUCGUUACUGCAUUUACAUUUUUCUUCGAUUU